UGAAUAUGUUUGUUCUCUUUCUCUCUCCAGAGCAAUUAUGUGGCCUGCAUGACAGCCAUUCUCAGUCAGAUGGAAGUCUCGCAUUACGUCAACUACAUCAACACCUUCCAGACGCGGCGGGACCUCAUGGACUUCCUGAUGGAGACCUUCAUCUUGUUCAAAGACCUGAUUGGCAAGAACGUGUACCCGGCGGACUGGAUGGUGAUGAGUACGGUGCAGAACAGGGUUUUCCUACGUGCCAUCAACCAGUAUGCAGAAACGUUGAAUAACAUGUUUUUGAACAGCUCCAGUUUUGAACUGCAGCUCUGGAACAAUUACUUUCAUCUUGCCGUGGCCUUCCUGACUCAGGAAUCUCUGCAACUGGAGAACUUCUCUAACGCCAAGCGAGCAGCCAUCCUCUGCAAGUACGGAGAUAUGAGAGGUGUCAUCGGAGCAGCCAUCCGUGAGAUGUGGUACAACCUCGGUCAACACAAGAUCCGGUUCAUUCCUGGACUGGUGGGGCCAAUUCUGGAGAUGACCCUCAUCCCAGAGGUGGAGCUGCGAAAGUCCACCAUUCCCAUCUUCUUCGACAUGAUGCAGUGCGAGUACCAGUACAAAGGCGACUUCAGAACGUUUGAGGAUGAAAUUAUCAAGAACCUAGACCACGAAGUGGAAGGAGGUCGAGGAGAUGAGCAGUACCAGAUGCUCUUUCAAAAGAUACUGCUGGAGCUUUGCAGGAAAUCCCAAUACCUCGCCAAACAAGGCGAAGCCUUCGUUGCCCUGGUAACGGGCCUGUUGGAAAGGCUGCUGGACUACAGGACCGUGAUGAAUGAUGAAAACCAAAGCUACAGCAUGAACUGCACUGUAAACCUCCUGAAUUUCUACAAAGACAUUGACCGGGAAGAAAUGUACAUCCGGUACCUGUACAAACUCCGGGACUUACACAUUGGUUAUGAGAACUUCACGGAGGCUGCUUACACUCUGCUGCUGCAUGCCAAGCUACUAAAGUGGACGGACGACCAGUUUACUCUGCACAUCCAAGACUUCCAAGGUUCGCAUACGCAGCGGCAACUGAAGGAGAACCUGUACAAUAAAAUCAUCGACUACUUGGACAAGGGCAAGAUGUGGGAAGAAGCCAUUCAUCUCUGCAAAGAACUGGCUGAGCAGUAUGAAACGGAGGUCUUUGAUUACGGGCUGCUGAGCAAGACCCUGCAACGUCAGGCCAAAUUCUACGAAAACAUCAUGCAAGUUCUGAGGCCCAAACCGGACUAUUUUGCCAUCGGUUACUAUGGUCUAAACUUCCCAAGCUUCAUUCGGAACAAGAUCUUCAUUCACCGAGGGAAGGAGUACGAGAGACGGGAGGAUGUUGAGCAAUUCCUCCUGCACCAGUUCCCGAAUGCAGACAUAAUGAAGACAACCUCGCAGCCUGGCGAUGAGGUCAACAAUGCCCCUGGACAAUCCAUCCAAUGCUUUACCGUGCAGCCCAUCCUGGCCGAGCAGGCACAGUUUCACAACAAGAAUGUUCCGGAACAGAUCGUGGACUUCUACAAGGCUAAUAACGUGCUGAAGUUCAGCUACUCCAGACCAAUCAGAAGAGGACCAAAGGACCCCGAGAAUGAGUUCGCCUCAAUGUGGAUUGAAAGGACAAUGUUCACCACGGCCUACAAGUUGCCCGGCAUUCUCCGCUGGUUCGAGGUACUGCAGGUCUCCCAGACCUGUAUAAGCCCAUUGGAGAAUGCCAUUGAAACGAUGCAGACCAGCAAUGAUAAGAUACUCACCAUGGUGAACCAGCACCAUAAUGAUGCCAACCUCUCCAUCAACCCCCUCUCCAUGCUGCUCAACGGCAUUGUGGAUCCUGCUGUCAUGGGCGGCUUUGCCAAGUACGAAAAGGCAUUCUUCACUGAAGGAUACAUGUGUAGCCACCCGGAAGACUUGGACAAUAUCACAAAGCUAAAGGAUCUCAUUGCCUGGCAGAUCCCACUACUGACGGAGGGCAUCAGGAUCCACGGGAAGAAGGUGACGGAAGCCCUGAAACCCUUCCACGAUCGGAUGGAGGAGUGCUUCGCUCAACUCAAGGCCAAAGUGGAGAGCCAGUAUGGAGUGCGGGAUCUGUCGUUUUCCGAGGAGAGGCGGGGAGGCAGUGGAGCCGGGAGCCGGCCGCGUUCCAUGAUCCGAUCCUAUCGUCCUCUGUCAGUCAUCUCCUCGAGUUCACUGAGUUCCACGAGCUCAGACAAGGAAUCGACCAGGACCACCAUGGACAGUGUGGAACCUCCACUGCCGAGGAAACAAAGCAUCCGCAACCUAGACAGGCCUCUGGAAGCUGUGGCCAAGGACCUUGAGGACAGGAAGGUGGCCAAGAAGGAGAACAGGGCCAGCGGGCUCCAGGGGCCUGGUCGAUCGCCCAUGCCUGCACCCGUUCCGGAAUGCACUGUGGUGAGAGAAUGCGUCUCACAAAAUGGCAGACGGGCCUCCCGCAGAGGGAGCCAGUUCAAAUGCCACGGGAGCAGAAAUAGGCCAUUCGGCCCAUCAUCUCUACUCCGCCAUUCAAUGGUAGCCAAUCUCAAAUAUCAAUGGAUAUUUUUAAGGCAGAGAUAGAUAGAUUCUUGAUUAGUACGGGUAUCGGGGGUUAUGGGGAGAAGGCGGGAGAGAUAGAAUGGGGUUAGGAGGAAGAGAUAGAUCAGCCACAAAUUUUCGGCAAGUCGUCGGAAAAAUCGCGUAAGUGGGACAGGCCCUUAAAGUUUUUUAUGUUGCCAACUAUCCAGUCAGUGGACGGUACGUGAUUACACUCAAGCCGUCCGCAGCGUACAAAUACUGGAUAAAGUGAUGAUAAAGGUCCAUAAUGUCUGAUUAAAGAUAGUCUCCAAUGAGGUAGAUGGGAGCUCAGGGCUGCUCUCAAGUUGGUGAUAAGAUGGUUGUUUUCUGAUAACAGCUGGGAAGAAACUGUCCAUGAAUCUGGAGGUGUGUGCGUUUUCACACUUCUGUACCUCUUGCCUGAUGGGAGAGGGGAAAAGCGGGAGUGGCCGGGGUGAGACUGGUCCUUGAUGAUGCUGCUGGCCUUGCCGAGGCAGCGUGAGGUGUAGAUGGAGUCAAUGGAAGGGAGGUUGGUUUGAGUCACGGUCUGGGCUGCGUCCACAAUUCGCUGCAGUUUCGUGCGGUCUUGGAUAGAGCUGUUAC